GUCUCGAUCACCUGGACCUAUAGUGUUAGAAAGUCAGGGAUCGGGGCCUUGCUCCGCUCAGCUCAUGCAGUGGCAGGAGUCAGCAAGGAGUAUAAUGAUGGGUUGUUCUCCUAUCAGUACCUGCUUCUCUGUUUUCGGCUUUCUGGUUUACGACUUACGACUUUACGAAUUACGAUUUUCGAUUACGUUACGAUUACGAUUACGAUUACGAUUACGGUUUCUGGUUCUCAAGAAUCUCAGUUUGUUUCAUCUCGUCUCGUAUUUGAUGUUUGCUUAUGGGCGUUGUUGAGCCUUAGCGGUUGGGAAAUUUGGGAUUUGGAGAUGCCCAAGGUAUAGAACGAGCGUGCCCCAAGGCAGUCUGGUGGAAAACCGUAUGAAGUUGCGGUUUCAGUUUUUCAUUUCCUUUUCGAUUUCACCCAUCUUAUCAUUCAAACGGCUUCGGAUCUUACCAUGGUUACUUUUUCAGCGUAGGGCGGCUACUGCUACUCAUUUGCUUUCGCUCACCGGACAAGACUUGGACAUCGCUUAGAUAUCCUAGUCCGAUGGUCCCAAGUACACAAAACAUUUAGAGCAGGAUACCAU